AUGUUUGAACUGAGAGCCUACGAUGCUACCGUAUAUUCACAGGCUCAGAGACUUCUCCGGCUUCACCAAACCUUAGAUCAUCAAAAGAAUGGUGUCGCCAAUGACGACAAGAGCGUGAUCGGCGGUGUACGACGGACUAGUCAGAGGGAAGUGAUGAACAGAGCCAAUUGUGACGGGCUGAUGGGGAAUCCGUUGCUAUGCAAGCUGAAUCACAUUCAAUUCGAGCUUUGUUCGAUAAUAAAUAACGGACUGGUCGAUGAAAAUCGUACAGAACGUCCCACUGGGUUCAGUCUACCGAUAUUUUGUCUGCUUCUGAAAAACCAAGCACUCACUUUUACCAAUAAACCUGCGUUUAGAGAUUUUGAACAGGCCAGCGCAUCGCCUCCAUCGGGGUUACCGUCGUUGCUAGAAUGGAGAUCGAUUGAUGUUGAGAAGCCACCGCUCAUCAACGAUUGGCUUGUUGAGCGACUACGACUGAACGAAUUACUGGCGAUGCGACAGUAUAAGCUUAUUCAAUUAACGCUGCACCAAAACAUUCUAUCCAAAUUGAAUAGCAUUCUGAAUCCAACAGUAGCACCGCUACAAAGGGCACAAUGUGAUCGGAGUCUGCAAUUUGGUGACACGUCCGAAUCGUUUACAGUGUGUGAGGAGAGCGGAGCGAUCAACCGGGUGUUAAUUGUCACCGGCAAUCCUUCAUCGCUGGGUAAGUUUGAGCGAGAUAUAAAGGCAGAAAAAUGGACAGUUUUCUUACCGGAAGGAAGCGACCUCAUUGAGCAUUUAAGAGGCGAUGUUGAGGUACAUUACCUCACUGAACUCAACGAUUGGAAUCACUGGAUGACAUGGGACGUUGAGUAUGCUAUUCGUGGUAGAACCUAUGACAUUGCUAAAUUGAACCUUUAUGCUUUCCAAUUUCACAGCUUCGAUCAGCCUCAUGUCGUUCGUCGAUUGAAUAUGACAGCGCGUCAUCUGGCGCUCACUAUAAACGUGGAAUCAGUCGCUAGUUCUGAUGGUAUUCGCGUCCUUGGGGAAUGGUAUCAGUUACUCUAUUGGCUCUUCUUCUCUGAAGGAUACGCAGUAAUCGGUGCCAAAUCAUCAGGUAUUUGUGGACAAAGGAACCAGAAUUGCAAGUAUCAAGUCAGUUUGAUGCGCUUGGAUUCGAAUGAACUUCGUUCUCGAUCAAUGGCUCCCGUUUUUGGAUUAGGUGGUUAUCGAGAUCUGAAAUCGGAGGACAUUCCGCUAGAACUCUAUCGUAUGCCAAACUUUCAUAUAGUCACACCGGUUAAAUCAUUGGAAGGCUUAGGAACAAAUGUUCAUCGUGUCGGCAUCGGGUUGACGCACAUGAAUGAAACCGUAGACGGCGAAUGGGAACUAAACACUCUCGAGAACUUGUUAAAUGACAUCUUCAACAAUUCAACCGUUGAUUUGUUGCUAAUGGAUAUGAAUGGGGGAGAAGUGGAUACUUACGGUGAAUUGCUUCGAUUGGCCAAUAUGACCCGUUUUCACCAACUUGCUCUGCGUGGAUACGUGUGGUCCGAAGAGAAUGAGAAUUUCCGUCAGAUUUACUGGAAUCUACGACAAAUGAAAAAUUACGACUACAUUAUGCGAUUCGCCAACUUAUGGGACACUCGCCUGGUCACUGUUGUGGUUACGGUGAAUGUGCUUCCGAUUGGAGCCAAGAUGACAACGGCUCCUCUUUCACAUUCGCUUUCCAUAGCCGCGUCUGUUGUAGAUAGAUGGGCUAAGAGCACUUAUUGA